UACGCCCUGCCAGUGCACAUUAGCACGCAUCCCUUAUCUUGCGCCCCUUCCCAAGCCCAAACAAAAGCCUGCCACUGCAACUUCCAUGUCCUUGAGCUCGGUUUGACUCUGUUUCGAAUGUAAAUUCUCAAUUUUUUUACAUCCAAAACAAAAACCCAAUACUCCCUUCCUCUCUAAAUUUCUGGGUUUUUGUUUUUUCGGAGAGAGAAACAAAGGCAAAUACUGAAAGCUGUGUAAAUGGCUACAGAUUUGCCAGAGGGAACCGUGCAAAACAUACUGGACCAAGAGUCUCUCAAGUGGGUCUUUGUGGGAGGCAAAGGUGGUGUGGGCAAGACGACUUGCAGCUCCAUCAUCUCGAUCCUUCUCUCUAGGGUUCGCUCCUCUGUUUUGAUCAUCUCCACCGACCCUGCCCACAAUCUCAGCGAUGCGUUUCAGCAACGGUUCACCAAGACACCAACUUUGGUUAAUGGGUUUUCCAAUCUCUAUGCUAUGGAGGUUGAUCCUAAUGUUGAGAAUGAGGACGUGGGCAGUGCCGAUGGAAUGGACAACCUGUUUUCUGAACUAGCAAAUGCAAUUCCUGGAAUUGAUGAGGCUAUGAGCUUUGCAGAGAUGCUGAAAUUGGUGCAAACAAUGGAUUAUUCUGUUAUAGUCUUUGACACUGCCCCAACUGGCCAUACACUGCGGCUGUUGCAAUUUCCAUCAACCUUAGAAAAGGGUCUCACGAAAAUGAUGUCUUUGAAAAAUAAAUUUGGUGGUAUAAUCAGUCAGAUGACCCGCCUCUUUGGUGUUGAUGAUGAAUUUGGUGAGGAUGCAAUUCUGGGAAGGCUUGAAAGCAUGAAAGACGUGAUUGAACAAGUUAAUAAGCAAUUCAAAGACCCAGACUUGACAACCUUUAUCUGUGUUUGCAUCCCAGAGUUCCUCUCCCUUUAUGAAACAGAGAGACUGGUCCAGGAACUCACCAAGUUUGAGAUAGAUACACACAACAUUAUCAUUAACCAAGUACUUUAUGCUGAAGAAGACGUAGAAUCUAAAUUACUCAAAGCUAGAAUGCGGAUGCAACAAAAGUACCUUGACCAGUUCUAUAUGUUGUAUGACGACUUUCACAUCACGAAGCUCCCAUUGCUGCCAGAAGAGGUUACCGGGGUUGAAGCUCUGAAAGCAUUUUCACCUCGUUUUCUGUCGCCGUACCAACCUUCUACCAGUAAAGGCACAGUGGAAGAGUUGGAGCAAAGAGUAUCCACACUAAGGCAGCAGUUGAAAGAUGCUGAAACAGAACUAGAAAGACUUAAAAAAGGAAAACAAAAGGUCUGAUGAUGCUCUGCUCAACAGUAUUGCCUCUGUUCCUUUUUCCUUUCCUCAUUCUUUUCAUGUUUGCAUUCAAAUGGCACCAUCUCCCUGCUUUAGGCUGCCAAGUGAAGUCAAUCUUCUAUUUUACUAAUGGUUGACAUUUUCUGUAGCUCAACUUAUUUGCAUUUUUUUGAACAUGAACCUUUCUUAUAUAGUUAGUAUAUUUUGUUGUAAUGCGAUCAAUGAUUUAGCAAGUGUAAUUCAUUUAUGAAUUUUUUUUAUCA